AUGAAACUUUUCAAGUUGUGUGCUAAAGGUGGUUUCACUCAUCGCAUUUCUCUCUAUGGUGGAAAAAGUAGCUCUAAACUGACGGGUCGUCCUUUCACUCAAGAGGUGGUUAUGAAUCUUGUAUCUCCUUUUCUCCAUUGUGGUCGUGAACUCUAUACGGAUAAUUUCUACACUUCAGUUGAACUCGCCCAUGAAUUACUGAAACACAAGACACAUCUCACUGGGACUCUGAGGAAGACUAGAAGACACUUACCAAAAUCUGUAGUGAAUGCCAAACUGAAGAAGGAUGAAGUCAUAGCAUUACAGAGUAGUAUAGAUGUUAUUGUUGCUAAAUGGAAGGACAAGAGAGAUGUGCUAUUCUUCUCAACUUGUCACAUUCCUGAGAUGGUUGACAAAAUGAACAAGUAUGGAAAAGUUACCAAAAAACCAUUGACUAUAUUGGAAUAUAAUCAGUCUAAGGCUUUCAUUGACCUCUCUGACCAACUUUCCUCAUACAUCACACCCCUUCGAAGAAGUGUCAAGUGGUACCGGAAAGUUGCCUUUGAGAUCCUCUUCAACACUUGUGUUAUCAAUGCAAAACUGAAGGACGACGAUAAUGAAACGAUAAGUCCGAAAUCAACACUCAGCAAAUUCGAUGCUGUGUUCAAUUCUGUUCUGAAUAAACAGAAUGAAGCUGAAGAUGGUAUUGAUGAACCAGGGAGCAUUCCAGCCGAGUCCACCACCUCUGAUCCACCGCAAGACAGCCGCGCCGAACCGGCGACGUCCCUCAACUAG